CUCCUCCAGCGGGUCCAGCCUCUCUUCCCGUGUUCCCCUCCUCUCUUCCGCCCCUCUUCGCCCACCAGAUUGGCUCGGCUCGGCUCCGCCCGCCUCGGCCGGUCAGACUUGGAUCUCGGCGGCGCUUGAUUCGUCUGCACUUAGCCGAGCCAUGGCGGCCGCGGACUCCGACCCCACCGUCACCGCCUCCACCUGCGCGAACUGUCAGCGGGAAAUUCCAUCUUCAAAUAUUGCACUGCACAGCGUGCAUUGUGCUCGGAACCUUCAGAAGUGCGAGCAUUGCGGAGAUAUGGUUCCAAGAAAGCUUAUGGAUGAACACUACAAUGAGAACCAUGCUCCAAUGAAUUGCUCACUUUGCAAAUGCACAGUAGAGCGUGGGCUAUGGGAUCUUCAUACAGGCAUACAAUGCCCGCAAAGGAUGCUCGCGUGCCAGUACUGUGAGUUUGAACUGCCUGUGAUUGAUCUUCUUGAGCAUCAGGAUGUAUGUGGGAAUCGAACAGAAUAUUGUGAAACUUGCAGGAAGUACAUCAGACUUCGUGAAUGGAUUGGACAUGAACUCCAGUUCCAUACGGGAUCAAAUUCAAGUGACGGAGCUUCGGCAGCAGCAGAGCCAAAGCCAGCGCGACCAGCUGCUCAUGGUUCACAUCGCAAACAACUGCUCUUGACAAUAGCAAUAGCUGGAUUUGCAGUUUUGAUUGGAUCAAUACUGUACCAAAGGAAGGACAGCUUUGCCGCUUAA